UGAGCCAAUCAGACACCCGUACCACUUUUUUCAGGUUGCAAAUAAAUACAUAUAACUUCAAACACUCAGCGGAUAUCAACCAGAAGCAGCUAAUCUCUGUUCACCAUUUAGACAUGGCGAAGAUUGAGUUUGAGAGCAGAUGGUCUCUUCAUGGAGCCACAGCUUUGGUCACCGGUGGCUCCAGAGGAAUCGGGCAAGCAAUAGUUGAAGAGUUGGCUAGACAUGGAGCAAAGGUGCACACAUGUGCUCGGAAUCAGCAAGAACUCGAUAAAUCUCUGCAGCACUGGCAAAGCUUGAAGCUUGAUGUCACGGCCUCUGUAUGUGAUAUUUCUUCAAGAGCAGAGAGAGAGAAACUAAUGGAGAAAGUUUCUUCUUUGUUCCACGGAAAACUCAACAUUCUCAUUAAUAAUACAGGGACGAGUUUAUAUAAGACUGCCGUCGAAAUUACUGAAGAAGAUUAUAGAUUUUUAAUGUCGACAAAUUUGGAAUCUGCUUUUCAUUUGAGCCAAUUGGCUCACCCACUUAUGAAGGCAUCCGGGAUCGGCAAUAUUGUAUUCAUUUCGUCCGCCGGAGGUUUAAUGGCAUUUCCAGUAUCAAGUGUUUAUGGAGCCACUUAAGGCGGAAUGAAUCAGCUGACGAGAAAUCUGGCUUUAGAGUGGGCAAAAGAUAAUAUUCGAGUCAACUGCAUUGCACCCGGAC